AUGGCAGCACCAAAUGAAUUCAAGCUUCCAGUCCCCCCGUUCUUUCCCGUACCCCAUCUCAACAACUUCCGCGACGCAGCACUCUACAAUGGCGGCCUCGUGACCUCGACGGGCCGAAAAGUGCGACCCGGAAUACUGUUUCGCUCUGCGGAAGUGUCGCAACUGGAUCAGGCCGGGUGGGCCGCUGUUAGAGAAGCUGGGGUCAAAACAAUCUUCGAUCUCCGGUCGAAGCCGGAGGUCUUGAAGGGCUGGAAGGGCGUUGACGGAAUGGGGGUAAGAGAUGGGUGGAUUAAGAUGCUAGAGGCGGAGGGUUUGGAGAGAGUGUGGGUCCCUGUCUUUGCGGAUGACGAUUACAGCCCGGAACGGCUGGCGGAGAGAUAUAUGAAGUAUAUGGGCGAGAGCGUUGAGGGGUUCGCCCAAGCCUAUCGAGACAUCCUAAUCAACGGCGGACCAUCCUACCGCAAGAUCUUUCUCUACCUAGCAUCCCUCCCGCCACCCUCAGCCCGCCGAAACUCUCUUUUCCUCUCCAACUCCCCAAGCGCCCCCAUCCCUCCCAUAGCUAUCAAAUCAGAACCCUUAGGCGCACUCAUCCACUGCACAGCCGGCAAAGACCGCACCGGCGUCUUCUUUGGCCUCGUCCUCGACCUCCUCGGCGUGCCCAGGGACGUCAUCGCCGCCGAGUACAAUCUGACAGAGCUCGGCCUCCUGUCCCUUCAGGAAAAGCUCGUCACGCGACUCACCUCCAGCUACGGCUUUAAGAAGUACACGCUCGCGCAGAUGGCGGGCGAUACGAUGUCGAGGGACGAGCUGGCAGCGGCGUUGGCGAAGCAGAAUGAGGGUGCAGACCCAGGUGAGGUUGAGUUGCCGCCGGAUGUUGUGAGGAAGGGGAGGGAGGCGGCGCUGCGCAUGAUGGGGGCGACGAAGGAGAGUAUGAUUGCGGUGCUGGAUAUGAUUGAUCGGGAGUGGGGCAGCUCGGAGGGGUAUAUCAGGCAGGUUUGUGGGUUGGGGGAUGAGGAUAUUGAGAGGUUGAAGAGUGUGCUGAUUGUGCCGGGCGAGAAGAGUUCACCGUUGUAG